AUGUCGGUGGCGUGUGGCGUGGAGUGCGUGGUCGUGUUGGGCUGUAUGCGCUGGGUGUGGCGGCGCUGCACCUACAUCGGCUCCAACGACAGCGCCACCUGGUCCUCCGCCACCCCCGACGAGUUCGACCCCGUCCCCCGCAUCUGCCGCCUAAUCCUCGCCGUCUACGAGCCCGAUCUUCACAACCCCCACUUCAUCCCCACCGUCGGAUUCCGCCCCAACCCCGACUGGGUCGUCAAGCGCGUCACUUACGAACAAACCCUUGGACAUGCGCCGCCCUACCUCAUCUACGUCGACCACGAUCACAAGGAGCUCGUCCUCGCUAUUCGCGGCCUCAAUUUGGUCAAAGAGAGCGACUACAAACUCUUGCUCGAUAACGAGCUCGGAAAGCAGAUGUUCGACGGAGGCUACGUCCACCACGGCCUCUUGAAGUCGGCGAUUUGGCUGCUCAACGAAGAGGGCGAGACAUUGAAGCGGCUCUGGCUCGAAAACGGAUCCAAUUACGAUAUGGUGUUUGCGGGUCACUCUUUGGGGUCUGGUGUGGCGGCGCUGCUGACUGUGAUUGUUGUCAACCACCGGGACUGGUUUGGCGGGGUCCCCCGGAGCAAGGUGAGGUGCUACGCGCUUGCUCCGGCGCGUUGUAUGUCGUUAAAUUUGGCCGUCAAGUAUGCCGAUGUUAUAUACUCGGUGGUUCUGCAGGAUGAUUUCUUGCCAAGAACUGCAACCCCCUUGGAAGACAUUUUCAAGUCAAUCUUUUGCUUGCCCUGCUUGUUGUUUUUCGUUUGUUUGAGGGAUACUUUCAUACCAGAAGGUAGGAAGCUUAGGGAUCCCAGAAGGCUUUACGCACCCGGGCGGAUGUAUCAUAUUGUAGAGCGCAAAUUUUGCAGAUGUGGGAGGUUUCCUCCAGAGGUCCGAACUGCCAUUCCAGUUGAUGGGAGAUUUGAACAUAUUGUCUUGUCAUGUAAUGCCACAUCUGAUCAUGGAAUUAUCUGGAUAGAAAGGGAAGCAGAGAAGGCUUUAUUACGAAUGAAGGAAGAAAGUAGUUCUGAGACCGUAACAACUGCUCCAAAAAUACAAAAACUUGAGAGGUUGCAGACCAUUGAAAAAGAACACAAAGAUGCAUUGGAAAGAGCUGUCAGUUUGAAUGUGCCUCAUGCUGUAACAUCCAACGAGGAAGCUCCUGAAGACCAAAAACCAGAGGAGGCUCCAGAGAUCGAAAAUCAGAGCGAAGACGCUGCAGAUACAAAGUUGAAGUCCACUGGUGGAAGGGCAAGGUGGGAUGAUUUGGUUGAAAAGCUUUUCAAGAAAGAUUCUGGGGAUGUACUGCUAACACGAGAUUCAAAUCCCCCAGAAUAGCAACAUUCUUUGUUGGUGUAAAGUUUGCUCGAUACAAGGUAAGAAGGAGAUGAAGAUUCAAGCCAACAGUAAUAUAAGGUUUAAAAAUAGGUGGUCCACUCCUAAUUACACCAAGAUCUUUUAAGAUAAAGGCCUUACAGUUAAGUGCCAUUCGUCUUAAUACCACCGAAGUUAUUGGGCUUAGGUGGUUAAUCGGGACACUAUCGGUGAAUUGCUGGACUUAGGAGUGGACACUAGCGGACCCUUGACUCAUCUCCUUGAGGUUUAGGUACUUGUGAAUAGUUCAUGAUUCGUUUCGCACCCACUUUACAAUAGGUUGGAAUUUGUACAUUUUAUAGGUAAAAGAGUUGUGCAUUACAUAUAAUUACGGGUCCAUUACCCAUGGGAGAGAAUUGUCAAUACAAAAGAAUACUGAAAUUCAGUUCCUCAAA